GAGCCUGAAUGACGUCAACACGGGACGGCGCGAAGAAGACUUCCGGUUGUAGCGGCAAUGAAAGGAGAGCGUGCCACUUCCAAGUUGAGCAGAAUAUUAUAAAGGGAACAUUAACUACAAUAUACCCUAUUCUAUUAUCAAUAGCAACAUCAGAAGUGACUUGCAAGUCUUCACCGGGAAGAUGUCUUUGGUCUGUGCAAUCUCCAACGAGGUGCCGGAGCACCCGUGCGUCUCUCCGGUGUCCAACCAGGUGUUUGAGCGCCGGCUAAUAGAGAAGUACAUUGCAGAGAAUGGGACGGACCCGAUGAAUGGACAACUUCUGUCCGAGGAACAACUUGUAGAUAUCAAAGUCUCCCACCCUAUUAGGCCAAAGGCACCAUCAGCUACAAGCAUUCCUGCCAUACUUAAGUCCCUGCAAGAUGAGUGGGAUGCCGUUAUGCUUCACAGCUUCACCCUGAGGCAGCAGCUCCAGACUACUCGCCAAGAACUGUCACACGCACUCUACCAACACGAUGCCGCAUGCAGAGUCAUCGCUCGACUCACCAAAGAGGUCACUGCAGCCAGAGAAGCCCUCGCCACACUCAAACCGCAGGCUGGGUUAAUUGCACCCCAGGCAGCCCCUGCCUCUCAGCCGUCUGCAAUGGGCGCCGCUGGGGAACCUAUGGAGAUCAGUGAACAAGUGGGCAUGACUCCAGAGAUCAUCCAGAAGCUUCAAGACAAAGCCACAAUUCUCACCACAGAGAGAAAGAAGAGAGGAAAAACUGUCCCAGAGGAGCUGGUUAGAGCUGAGGAUCUUGGCAAAUACCGUCAAGUGGCCUCUCAUGCUGGUCUUCAUAGUGCCAGUGUGCCAGGUAUUCUUUCUCUUGAUCUGUGUCCUUCAGACACCAACAAAGUGCUCACUGGUGGGGCUGAUAAGAACGUGGUUGUGUUCGACAAGAAUGAGGAGCAGAUUGUUGCAACGCUGAAGGGUCACACCAAGAAGGUCACUUCUGUCAUCUACCAUCCAUCUCAGUCUGUGGUUUUCUCUGCUUCGCCUGACACCACCAUCCGUGUGUGGUCCGUAACCGGGGGCAACUGUGUCCAGGUGGUGCGUGCCCACGAGGGAGGCGUCACUGGACUGUCCCUACACGCCACUGGAGACUACCUACUCAGCUCCUCUGAGGACCAGUACUGGGCCUUCUCUGACAUCCAGACUGGCAGAGUUCUCACUAAAGUCACGGAUGAAAGUGCAGGCUGUGCCCUCACCUGUGCGCAGUUUCACCCUGAUGGUCUCAUCUUUGGUACUGGAACCGCCGACUCCCAAAUCAAGAUCUGGGACCUGAAAGAACGCACCAACGUGGCCAACUUCCCAGGCCACUCUGGGCCCGUCACCUCCAUCGCUUUCUCUGAGAACGGAUACUAUCUGGCUACAGGAGCACAGGAUAGUUCUCUGAAACUUUGGGAUCUGAGGAAGCUGAAGAACUUUAAGACAAUCACACUCGACAACAACUAUGAGGUGAAGUCCCUCGUGUUCGACCAGAGUGGAACUUACCUGGCUGUAGGAGGAUCCGACAUCCGCGUCUACAUCUGCAAACAGUGGUCUGAGGUCCUCAAUUUCACAGACCACACAGGUUUGGUGACCGGCGUGUCCUUUGGAGAGAACGCUCGCUUCCUGACAUCUGCCGGAAUGGACCGAAGUUUGAAGUUUUACAGUUUGUAGAGAAGCAUCGUUUGGUAACACGAGGAAAGAGGUAGCCCAGUCAGAGAUUGUGAAUACAUACUUGGCCAAGUCAUAUAAUUUUUAGUUAAAGGAAAAUCACUGCUAACUGUGCUUCUUUAGUUAGUUCUCAUGUGCAUGCAUGAACACCAAAAACUAUCUAUUUCAAAUCCCAGCAUCUUAACUCGUUGUUUUCUGUCAUAAUGUGAAAUAACAAACAAAAGCAGCAUCAUCGUCUUUUAUUUCCCUAGAAUCCCUGACUUAAGCAGUGGUAUUUUCCGUGUGUGCAUGCGUGAGUGUGUGUGUGUGUUUGAGUGACAGUUACUACUCUAAAGUGAAAUCCCUGGCUCUUAAUGUAGAGCAGUUUUAUAUGGUUAGAUGGGUUGAACUUUAGUAACACAGUCCAGAAGCCAGAGGGCAUGCAGGUGUAGAGGAUUAUCAUUUCAUCCGUACAUAAAGAAUUCUGAUCAUUGUUUUUUUUUGGCGUCAAAUCUAAUGUGUUUCUCAAAAUGUGCUAUUUUACCUGUUGAAACCUUACUCUUUUACAAUAAAAUAUCUUUUGUAUGCCA